AGAAAAAGUGUUAGACUGCCCAACAUGGAAGAGAUAGGAAAGUGGCAUGGAAACAGAGGCAGAGAGCUAUAAAAAAAAAAAUGUUAGGUGAUGAAGAAGGAAAGCCAAGGAUCAAGAGACGAAAGAAGGAUCCAAAUUUAAAGUCACAGAGUGUCAUUGAGAAUGGGGCUGUCGUUGAUUUGGGAAACUGGACAAAGAAAUAUGAUUGUCCAGCUCAAGUGAUUUUCCAAGAAAUUCUCAGGUUUCCUGAAUAUAAGCUUACAAAAAAUACAAAAUGGACCGAAAUCAAGACUGUAAGGAUUCUGAGAAAGGAUUUGAAGGCUAUGAAUGACAUAACGUGCAUUCGAGGAUUUAUUGUCACAGUACCAGAAGAUAGCCAUCAUCAGAACCAUGUCAUUGGUCUUGGUGUUGGUGUAUGGCGGGAGCUCAACCCUCAGCUUCUAAAUUGGAUACAGUCAAUGGUGGGUCAAGGACUUACAAGUGUUGCUAAAAUGAGAAAGAGUUUACGUCACCUUGUUAAGGAGAAUUUUCCCAAUGUUGAUACAAAUAACACCCACUUCUAUCCUCCAGCAAAAACAAUAGCUUAUUACAUGCAUCUAGUUAGAAUGCGUCUUCUUGGCACCAAAGAUGAUCCCAAAGAUCUAGAGCCUCAAAAAGGAAGAUUUAGGAAAGAAAAAGAUGAGGAACUGUGCGAUUAUUUUCUUCUACCAACGAGGAAGUCCCUUACACCAUUUGAUGAAAAAGAGGUUAUUUCUGAAGUAACUGAGGUCAUUCAGGAAUUUGAAGACAUGCAAGACCAACAUGAUACUGAUGAUUCCUCUCUGCCUAUUGCCCAGCCAGUGGUCUUAGCAUCAACCCCUGCCAAAUCUUUGCAGACGGUAGCAGAAGAAUUUCGAAAUUUACUAUUACAGAUGCAGAGUUACUCGUUUAGUGUCAGAAAUAUAUCUGCCUUACAGAAAGCCCAUAAUGAAGUUGAACAGGCAUUUACAAAUUUGAAAAAGACUUGCAAAAUGGACCAAAAAAUUAUGGCCAAUGUUGGAAAAAACCCUAACUAUCAAAAGAGGAGGGUUGAAAGGAUUGAAGUCAAAUGUGAAAAGGUGGUUGACCUCAAACCACCAACUAUAAGACAAGUGACUUAUCCCUCAAAGAGAAGAAAGAGAGAUAUAGAAUUACAAAGUUAUCCUAACAUGGACUUUAGAUCAGAUGAAAACACUGUGCAACGUGAGGUUGCUGCUGUGAAACUAGAACUUACAGAUGAUGGCAGUGUUCUUAAUAUAACAGAAUAUCUAUAAGAAAGCCAUAUACUGUAUGUAUAUAGAAACUGAUGUAUAUUAUGUACAUAUGUUUUGUGAUUACUUAUACAGUGAAAUGAAAAUGAAAUAUUAAGACAGUUUUAUGCACCAUCAAGUGUCCUAUUUUGUAUGAAAUGUAUGAACUUUUCUGUAGUAAUAAUUUUUAAUUAUAUUAAUGAUUGUUAGUUGGGUAACAAACCACCAGUUCAUCAUAUACU